AUGGCACCAGUCAUUGCUAGCACGGGUCAGACCCGGUCGCGGCUGCCUCCGAAAUGGAUGCAGCCGCAUCGCACCACUCCCAAAACCGUCGUUGCCGACUCCAAGCCGCUCGAACGCAGCGCGCCCGCUGUGACCCGAGACAGUCCCGUCCGCUGGUCCACUCAUACCCUUGCUGGCGAUUCGAACGAUACCGUUCGCAGUCGCGCCGAGUCCACAACUUCCACCUACGUCGACACAUUCGCCCACCGUCGCAAGAGCCGCAUCAGUGACCUCACUUGCAUCGACCACGCCGAUUCCACCGACAUCGCCAAUCUCACCCCUUCUCAAAGCCUAACUUCCAGUAUCAACGAUCUCUCACUCACCCUCAAUGACGACGAUGACGCCGUGCCGCCCAGUUUAGCGAUGCCACACGACGACAAGCUCGCUCAUUACAACCGCAGCGACCACAUACCCUCCUCGGACGCUGCCCUGAACCCGGCCACCGCUGACAGCUACUCCAUCCGAGACGACACCGACGAUGAUGACGAAGACGACGACGACCUCGCAGAGAGGAUCGACAGGCUCAUGGCUGCCACGAUGGAGGCUUUGGAGGCGUCCAACGCGCUCGUCCUGGACACGCUCGCGUCUAGAGCCAAGCUUGCGCAGCUCAACGCCAUGGAGGCAGCCCUCGAUUCUCAUCUCGACACCAGGGAGGCCCACCUGCGCCGCCAGAUUACUGCCGUUACAGACAUGUCCGACUUUAUGGCCAGAACGACGUCGGAGCUGGACAAGCUUACACGUCUUGGCCAAGCUUCCCGCCGGCCUUCUGUCGACCCCUCGUCUGCAAGCCCCAUCACCGCCCUGGCCGACGCAGCUGGUCUCCAAGUUCGUGGUGCCGCUGCAGCGGGUAUCGUACAGGCGCAAGAUCGAGACGCUACCAUCGGCAAGACCGCCGCGAAACGCCUGGAACGCAUGCUUCAUGCACCCUCCACUCCCAAUGCCUCGCCGUCUUCGGCUGCCUCGCCCGAGCGUCGCGAUCCCAAUCCCUCGAGACGCGCAUUCUCGAUAUCCAACUUUGCUUCUGUGCAGUCGAGCAUUGCCGAAGAAGCACCGGUCGAACAACAACAGUCCACCAGUCAGGAGCCUGCCUCCGCCUCCACUACGCCCAAAUUGGCCGCGCACGCAUCCUCUGACAGCCGCGACGGCACACCGCCGAAGAAGCGCUCGGUCAGCUACGACAGCCGAGCCUCCUCGGGCAUCAAGUUGAUGGCCAACUUGGGUGGGCCAUCGAGAACAGCCUUCGCGGCUGGAGCUGCCUUCACAUCCGCGGCAGUCACCGCCCCAUCAAUCGCCGUGGGACCCUCGGCUGCACCUCUAGCAGCGUCAGUGCCCGCCGUCGGCAAAUCGGGCGCCGGUCUGAUAGACUUCAACGAGCCAGCAACUUCGCGCGUACGCUCCUCGGCCAAGCCCGUUCAGAGACCUUCACUCAUGGCAGCACUCCGCCAGGACUCCGCGCAGCCAUCCGAGUCCUCAGCAUCAAUGACGAGGACGAUCACGUCCAAGGACGCGGCGAAUGCGACGGACCCGCAAGCAAUCUCGGGCCUCCCAAAUUACAGUCGGACAACCAGCCUCAAAGCUGAAGCUUCCACGGCAUCAGCUUCCAAGUCGGCCGAGUCGACGCUCGCAGCCCUGCUCGGCAUGUCGACGGCGCCAGCCUCGGCCUCUGUCUCCUCGCGAAACGAGACGCCAUCCGAUUCGUCGUACUUCGACAGCGCUACCGAGGGCUCAAUGCUAUCCGCCUCGCCUCCGACCCCGGGCAGCAUUCAUGCCAUCCGAGGCGUGCUUGCAACGCCCUGGAAGCCCGAAACUCGCGACGGAUCUGUCCCGGAUUUCGAAACGCCUUCGUCGCACGAGAGGCCAUCGACUGAUCAGGCGACUGCCAAGCUCCGUCGUGUCUCGGGGCAGUACUCGACGAUCGUAAGCCCGCGGGCCUCGCUGUCGAUAUCGGAUCGCGAGCGUGCAGGUCAGCUCUCAUCGCAUCUGGCUGAGCUUCGAGCCGAGCGGGUCACGUGGAAUCCGAUCGCUGCGGCAGAGGCCGGAACGACAGGCGCGCCGUUGGCGGGCUCGGGCGCGAGCGGAGGCGGUGCGCUCCGUGCUCUGCAGAAGCUCAACGAGAUGUCGGCGGCCAAACUCGCGGGUCAGGGCGGAGCUGCUGGCGAGGAGGAAGGCAGUGCGUGGUACGCCGGAGGCAAGCGCGUCUCGCUCGGGCUUGGACUGCCUAGCUUCUCGGCGCUGCGACCCAGCGCGUCUCAAUCCACGUCGACCGCCGGACCUUCGGAAGCACUCCCUUCGCCCUCUCCUGCUCCUGCUCCGGCACGGCCUCCGGCUGCCAAGACCGAAUCCGGCGCCGAUGACAAAUUGCCAGCAUCGGUAGCGUCGGAGGGCCAAGACGCUGACGCCGCCAACACAUCGUCAUCCUCGCUGCUUGGAGGAGGCUGGCGCUCGUGGACAGCCUGGAGCGCAGCUUCGACGACUACCGGCAGCGAGACAUCCACCCCACAGAGGUGGUCAGGUCGAACCACGGAGCUGUAA